AUGCCCGAGAAGUGCAUUUUCAUCACCUCAGUUCAGGUGGGCCACGUCGUGGGCAGGGGUGGCUCGACGCUCAAAGGCAUUCAGGAGCGCACCGGGGCGACUCUGUGUAUCGUGGAAGACGGGCCGCAGGUGAAGAUUACCGCCGACGACGCUGCCAAGGUGGCCGCCGCGGAGGCGGAGGUGCAGAAAAUCGUUGCCAAUCAGCGGAACCCCAAUUACGAAGGACCGUGCGGCGCGCGUCUGCGCAAGGAGGCGGAUGAGCUUGCCCAGAAGCGCUCGAGGCUCUUCGGAGAGGCGACCAAGAUGCGGGAGGCCGGUGACCAUGAGAGCGCGAACAAAUUGGUCGCGAUGGCCAAGAAGGCUGGCGAAGACAUGAAGGCCCGACACUGCGAGGCAGCCUUGGCGAUUGCCAAGCACAACAACGAGGGAAAGGGCAAGGGUGAGAACUACUUCGACAUGCACGGCCUGCACGUAGAGGAGGCGAUGGAGAUGCUGACGGUGCGCAUGGCCAAGCUGGAGGAGAAGCCGGUGGGGUCGACGACGGAGCUCGAAGUAAUUCCAGGCGCUGGCCACCACUCCGCCCCUGGAGCGCAGAAGUUGAAGCACGCCACGCUAGAGUACCUGCGAUUGAAGGGCUACUGGUACGAAGAGGUCAACGCCGGCACGCUCCUGGUGAAGGUGCCCGGCCUCAGCGAGGGCGUCCUCUCGAAGCCGGAGGAUGGCGACAAGGCGCCGACUAAGCUCAAGAAGUCUGCAACGGGGGUGGGGAACAAGCCCAAGACUUUGGCCUCAGCGGCGACCAGUAAGACCAAGAGCCAGUCAUGCUGCGCGUGCAUGUAA